CUCCACUACAUCUCACUUCGACAUAUUUCGGUGGCUUUAAAAAACCUGUUUUUUUAUAUACUUAUUAGUUUUAUUUAAUAUUCUAAAAGUUUCCUUAUAAAAAUGGCAUCUGCAAUUCUUUUAGGAAUCGGGAUUGCUGCUUCUGCUGCAGUGGGUAAAAUUGGUAUCGAUGCAUUUCGGAAAUACCGUAAUUUGAAUGGUUCAGUAAAAAACUUUGUCAAAGGAGGUUUUGAACCAAAGAUGUCAAGAACAGAAGCCAUUCAGAUUUUAUCUCUCAAUAAUCGCGGUUUGACGCGUCAAAAAAUAAAAAAUGCCCAUCGUCGUUUGAUGCUGGCAAAUCAUCCAGACCGUGGUGGCAGUGCCUAUGUAGCCAGCAAAGUAAAUGAAGCAAAAGGAAUAUUGGAUGCGGAUCGCUCAAUUCGCAAUUUUAGUUCUUGGAUUGUUCCUCCCUCUAGAUCCGCACAAAAGAUUCCAAGUGUUUCGGAAGCAGUCGAAUGGAUGCAACAACAUUCCUUACAUUCUCCAAGACAAUAAUUUUUUCACCUUAUUAUGACGCUGAUAACUACCUUAUCAUUGAAUCUUGGUAAAUUAAUCUGAUGGUUAGCGUCUUACUUUAGUGAAAGGUAUAAAUUUUUAAUAUGUCACACUUUUUCUAGGGUUUUUGGUACCAUUUAUAUCUUUGCAUCGGUAUGUUCCGUAAAUUACUUUCAGCUUCAUUAUGCCUUUCAGGAGACAUGAUUUUGGUUUUUUACUGUUAAGUAUGGGAUCUUUUUCAUUUUCUAUAUUUUAUUAAUCAAUGAUGAGGUUUUCUUGAACGUUAUAAAUGGUGAAAUUAUGUGAAAUAAAUUUAAACUGGA